ACUGCUUCUCUCUCCUGGGGCGAACAAUGACUUUCACUGGUACAAACAGAACAACAACUUCAAACUAGUGUCGGGACGCUGACAGGCCGGGGACUGAAAACCAAGAUAUUCAGAUGGCUCUGUGUGGUUUGUUGGAUCCGCUGCCCUCGGUCUGUUUUGAAAGAAAAACCCAGUUCUCUGCGAGGCGAGGCCUGUGCUUGGCCAGAAGUAAAUACUUUAAGCUCCCAGAGACGGAGAGCCAUCAGCUCGACGUGUGGAGCAUCAAACCGCCGGAUUUCUCCCUCAAACUGUACAGAUCUCUGUCGGUUCCUCAGAGGAAAGAGAGGAAGACUUUUACUGUUCCAGCAGCUCAACAAACAACAAGUGGAAUAUUUCUACCUGAUGUUUCACGUGAGUCUUACAAGAGGAACGACCCUGUGAAGUUCAUCACAUCGUACAGGCCUCCUGACGCUCUGGAGUCUGAGCUGGAGUUCGUCAGGACGGGAAAGUUUCCGUCUGAACCGUACGAGAACCCCAGACCUCACGACUUCAGACCGCUUGCUGAAAACCUUCCAGACAUAGUUACGACUCACGAGAGGGAUCCUGGUAACCUGACUUUAAAAUUGAAGCAUUUGGACACGAUGCUGACUACACAAUCAGACACUCGCUGCAGUUUGAGGGACACCAGGACUAGGAUGGACACACAUAAACCUGCAGAGCCUCAAUGGGAUAUGAGGCUCGUCCUCCCUCAGUCUCCCUGGCCUCCAAAAUCAGCUUCCUACACCCGACAUCGGAGAAGAAGAAGUGCGUACAGCGCCUUCUUGGAUCGAGUAGAAGAGAAACUCUCAAGAGCCUGGAAACUUACAUCGUGAUGUUUCAACACAUUUCUGUAACAAAUAAUUAAAACUUUUCAGAAAAAUAAA